AUGGAGCAUCCAAUAGCUCGGGCUCGGGGGUCGGCAUCAUCAUCGCCAGCCCGGACAAGGCUACAGAAAUAUAAUAUGUGCUCAGAUUUGAAUUUGAGGCCACCAACAAUGAAGCAGACUAAUAGUGGGGCAAAUCGAGGGUUUUUUGAAAGAAAGGACGAGAAGAUGAACUUAUACUGUCUGAAAGUGCAUGACCUCCAAAUGCAGUUCAUAAGUUGUGAAAUCUUGAAGGUGGCCAGAUUUGAUAAAGCCAAAGCUAAUGCAUUAUCCAGACUCGUCUUCAUGGGAGUGGACGGGCUCGAUAGAACCGUGCACGCCAAGAUAGUUGUAGAACCCAACAUAGCUCAAAAGUCAAGUAUCAUGGACAUCGACCAUGAGCCCUCUUGGAUGGAUCCAAUAGUUGAUUACAUAACCUUAACUGAAGUUCAUGAAGGUAUUUGUGGAAAUCACCAAGGAGCUCGAACUCUUGCAUAUAAGUUGAUAAGGUAUGGGUACUACUGGCCAAGUUUGAAGAAAGAUGCUGUUGAUUACGUUCGGAAGUACGAUAAGUGCCAAAGGUUUGACAACAUCAUACAUGCUCCUACUGAGGAGCUCACUUCUAUUCAUUACUCAGCUCUCUUCAAACAAUGGGGAGUCAACAUUCUUGGGUCAUUCCCAUUGGCCAGUGGAAAAUUAAAGUUUGUAGCAAUGGCAGUGGAGUAUUUCACAAAGUGGGUAGAGGCUGAACCGCUAGCAACAAUUUCGAAGCCGAAGCUCAGAUCAUUUAUAUGGAAGUCUGUCAUAUGCAGGUUUGGAAUACCGAAAGUCCUCAUCACAGAUUACAGAAGGCAAUUCGACAAUCCACAGUUCAGAAGCUUCUAUGCCAACCAUGGGAUUGAUCAUCACUUGACCUCGAUAUCACAUCCACAAAGUAAUGGGCUUGCUGAAGAUGCCAAAGGUGACAGGCCUGAUAAACUGCCUUCUAUACUAUGGGCAUACAGGACUUCGCACAAGAUAGCAACUGGUGAGGCACCCUUCAUGCCUGCCUUUGGACUUGAGGCUACCAUUCCAAUCGAGGUCAACCUUUCCACCAUAAGGAACCUCGAGAUAAAUAGGGAGAGACAAACUACUGAACACCUUGACUUGCUUGAAGAGGUAAGAGAGCAAGCCUCACUCAAAGCUGCAAAUUAUCAUAACAGAACGACGAAGCAUUUCAACAACAAGGCCCAGACAAGAAGGUUCAGAGCUGGCGAUCUUGUCCUUAGAAAAACAGAAGCUGCUGGACACAUACCAGGGAAGCUCGGACCAGCAUGGGAAGGACCCUUCGAGGUCAUAAGAAAACUAAAAGGUGGAGCCUAUAGCCUCAGAGACACAUCGGGGAAGCCGCUCCAAAGGCUAUGGAACGUCGACAAUCUGAAAAUUUAUUACAAGUAA